AUGACGACGUCUACAUUUGAUCCUUCUUGGGGUCAAAUAAAAAACGAUAAAAGCGAAAAUAAUAACAAUAAUAAUAAUAAUAAUUAUAAUAAUAAUUAUAAUAAUAGUUGUAGUCAGGUGUUUAGUUCAAAAAAUGAAGGAGAUGCUAACGACAAAACGAGACUUAUAAUUAAGAAUAUUCCCAAGUAUAUGAAUGAAAUUGAUUUGAAGAAACAUUUUUUUAAAAUGAAAGAUCAUAAUAUUAAUUUCCAAAUAACUGAUAUAAAAAUUAUGAAAAGAAAAAAAAUAAUAAAUAAUAAAGAACAUUAUGAAUCUAGAAGAAUCUGUUUCAUUGGAUUUCUUAAUAAUUAUCAUUGUCAAAGUUUUAAAAAGUUUUUUAAUAAUACAUAUAUUAAUACAAGCAAAAUUAUUAUAGAAGAUGCAAUUUCUCCUUCCCUUUUAAAAUCUAAUAAUAUAAAAUAUAACAAUCUAAAUGUAACAAAUUUUAAAAGUGAUCCCAAUGAAAUUCAAAAGACAAAAAAAAAAGAAAAGGAUAAAGGAAAGGGAAAAGGAAAAUCUAUUCAAAUUGUGAAGGAUAAAAAUUUUAUAAAUAAAACCGUUCAAGUUAAAAAAACCAAAGCUGGAAUGAACACCACUAGAAGUCAUGUCAUUUUUUUGGAUGAAGAGAAUCCAGAUGUGCUUCCGCCAGUGGAAGGAUUAGAAAAUGAUAAAUCUCAAGAAAAAAAAAAGAAGAAGAAAAAAAAAAAAAAAAAAAAAAAAAAAAAUAUAAUUGAUGAAGAUAAUAAUAAUAAUAAUAAUAAUACAAGAGGUGAUAAAAAUGUUAUAAAUGAUGAAGAAGAUAUUUUAAAAACUGAAAAUAAUAAUAUAAAGGAUGAAAAAAUUAUUAAAGAUAAUGAGGUUUUAUUAAAUGAUGCAUCUGAUGGACAUUCAAAUAACGAAGAUGAUGCUCUUACAUGGUUAAAAGAAAUUUCAAAAAAAGAAAAGAAAGAUGAAUCAUCACUAAUGGAUCAAAAUAUUAAAAAAAAAAAUAACAUCGAAAAAAAUGACAAUAUUGUUAGUAUUGUUAGUAAUGAUAACAAAAAAAAUGAUACUACUUAUGAGCUAGAUAUUGAAAGCGAAUCAGAAGAUAUGAAUACUACAAAAUUAAUAAUAUUUAAUUUACCACCUGUAAACGAACAAGAUAUAAAAUCAUUAUGUGAGAGAUAUGGACCCAUAGUAGAUGUAAAAGUUUUUAAAAAGAAAUCUAUUAAGGGUGAUACACAAAUAUAUUUGAAUGACAAAGGUUCAAAUAAAUCGACAGAUGAUUUUUUUAUUAAAUUGUUAAAAGGAAAUACAACAAAUAAUAAAAAAAAUAAAAAUAAUAAUAGUAAUAGUAAUAAUAUUAAUAAUGAGAGUGAUUACAACACAGAUUAUUUUAAUAAUAAUCAUAUGGUGGACCAUAAUAAAAAUGAAUACGAUAAUUAUAAUGAUACAUGCAAUAAUAAAAUAUUAUACAACGAUCUGACAAAUAUUAAAGUAUAUGCAUUUGUGAGUUUUAUGUUUCCUAGUUCUUGUGAGAAAGCAAAAAUACAUCUAAAUAAUAAAAUAUAUGGAGGUAAAAUAUUAACUAUUAAAUAUGCAAAAGAAAAAAAAAUAAAUAACUAUGAAGAGAAAAAUAUGGAAAAUAUAAAUGAAAAAAAUAUUUUUAUUAAAUUAUCUAAUGAAUGUAAAACAUCUUAUAAAAAGAUAUUAGAAAUUCAAAAAAAAAAAUCUUGUCAAAAUGAAAAUAUGUGGAAUAUAUUAUAUACAGAUAUAAAUACAAGUAUUAAUAAUUUUUGCAAAGAAAAUAAUUGUUCUAUAGAAUCUGUAUUAAAUAUAAAAGAUAAAAAUAUUGCAGUUAAUGUUUCUCUUACAGAAACAUAUAUUAUUAAUAAGAUAAAGGAGUGGAUUAAAAAAGAGGGAAUAUAUUUAGAUGCAUUUGAACAAAUAUAUAUAAAAAAAAAAAAAAAUGAAGAUGAAAAGGAUAUAACAAAUAUGAAUAGUAAUAAUAAAAAGGAAUACAUCUCAAAUGAUAAUAGUAAUAAUAAUAAUAAUAGUAAUAAUAAUAUAUCUAUUGAAAAUAACAUGGAUAAUAAAGAAAUUGUAAAGUAUAAACGAAGUAAUGAUACUAUAAUAAUUAAAAAUUUAUCUAUAUAUACAAAUCAAAAUGAUAUCAUUAAUUUAUUUAAACAAUAUGGUGUUUUAAAAAGAGUUAGUUUUUCACCUUAUAAUAAUAUUUGUAUUAUUCAAUAUGAAAAUCCUGAUCAUGCUAAAAAAGCUUUUAUAUCAAAUUCUUAUAUAAGAUAUAAAAAGUUACCAUUAUAUUUAGAAUGGGCACCAUUAAAUUUAUUUACAACACAGAAGGAUAUAAAAAAUGGAGACAAUGAUAUGAUAAAUGAUAAGAAAGAAUCAAAGAGGGAAGAAACAAAUGAAGAUGAUGCUACAAAUAAUAUAGACCAGAAUGUUUAUAAAAAUGAUGAUUCUCAAAAUAUAGAUAAUUUAAAUUAUGAUGAUGAUGAUAAUAACGAUGAUGAAUAUGAAGAAGGGACACAUGCAAGUAUUUAUAUAAAGAAUAUAAACUUUAAUACUAAAGAAGAGGAUUUAAAAAAACUAUUUGAAAAAAUAGAAGGUUUUAUAACAUGUAAUAUUAUUAAGAGUAAAAAAGUUAUAACACAAAAAGAGAAAGAAUCAAAUAAAACAUCUAAAAUUUAUAAUAAUACUAUAUCUUUAGGAUAUGGAUUUGCAGAAUAUAAAAAUAAAGAAUUAGCUAUUGAAGCUAUAAAAAAAUUAGCAGGUACACGUUUAAAUGAUCAUAUAUUAGAAAUGAGUUUAUCUCAUAAUAGAAUAAAAAAUAAUAAAAAUAAUAAAAAUAAUAAUAAAAAUAAUGAGGAUGAAAAAUUCAUAAUUAAAGACAAAAAGAAAGUAACUAAAAAACUUGUUGUAAAAAAUUUAGCUUUUCAAGUAAAUAAAGAAGAAUUAAGAAAAUUAUUUUCAGCAUUUGGAAAUAUAAAAAGUGUAAGAAUACCAAGAAAUGUAUAUAAUCGUAGUAGAGGUUAUGCAUUUAUAGAAUUUAUGUCAAACAAAGAAUGUUGUAAUGCUAUUGAAUCUUUACAACAUACACAUUUAUAUGGAAGACAUCUAAUUAUAGAUUUUGCUGAUGAUUUUAUUUUUGAUAAAAAUAUAGAUGAAUAUGAUAAAUUAAAAGAAUUAAAUAAUAAACAAAAUGAAAAUAUUAUAACAUCCGAACAAGCUAAAAGAAAAUCCAUAUAUGAAUCUCAAAAGAAUGAACAAAUAACUGAAUCAAAAAAAAGAAGACUCACAUCAAAUAUGGAACUAAUAUAA